GAACAUCACACUUUUGUCAAAGGAGAGAGAGGGAGUUUCAACAUAACACAAUCAUCUCUUUUCAUAAAUACAAAUCCCCUCAUACGAUUCAAUCGAUACAGUACCUUCAGGAAGAUCUAGGUGUCAAACACAGGCACAGACCACGAACCCAACGACAACGACCUCCGGCAUUUACAGUCACAAAAGUCAGAUCAACAUGCAAAACGCACGAGGGGGAAACAAUAAUGGAUCAACAAAUCAAAAUUCAAUGAUGGAUGACACGAAACAAAAUCAUGGCAACAACAAGAAAACCUCGACGUUUUCAUUACUACCAGAAAUAGGAGGCGGCAUGAGUUUGAGUGAGAGCGUGGACGAGGCUCUGAGAGACUCAUCUUUGGGGUCCGCGGGCCCCCAAGACAAAGGCGAAAAGAUCGACGAGUCUGUCAAGGUUGGGGAUAACGAGGAUUUGCAUGAUUUGGCGGCUAGGAAACAACCUCGAAGCAGAUAAACCUCCCCCCCUCCCCCAGAGUCGGCGAGAUACAGUAUGGAAGACAAACAAAGGUGACAUGCAAUAAUUCCCAAUAUUUUUCCGUGUCAUGGCGUGUUUUUUUCUGUUGGUGAAAGUAUUCGUCACGACAAACCAUCAACCAGCAGUAUCAACGCAUCUCAUUUUGUCAGAACUUGAUUCAGGUUCAAAUCAAAUAUCCGCAAUCAUCCUUUUGAUUUGAUCAUGUUUCAGAACGGCA